CAGUUGAAAUUCGUCUGCCGGAUGAGAAGGGAAAAACGUACAAUCUGUAACCUAUAAUUAUAAGUUUUUUCUUCGUUUCGCGUUCAGUUGGGCUUUCGAAGGCAGAUCGGCGGCAGGCGCACUACGCUACGACGACGUGCCUUGGCUGUGGAGAGACUGGAAGUGCAAUCGGUCUGAAGAAGAGAGCGCUCGUCUGCGAGCGUGUGUAUGUGCGUACGUGUGAAUGUGUGUAGCGUAUUCGGGUGCGCUUCGGCUCGCAGCAGUAAACAGCAUUGCGCGAUAGUGUGCGAAUCGAUUUUCGGGGGCUUUCGCGCCGCGGCAUAUAUCCUCGCCUCUCUCUCGCUCGCGCCUCUCUACUGCGCCCGAGCCAUACCCUCGUGUCCGUUUUUUCCGCACGCCCCGCGCACCGUUCCCACACCAGGAUCUAAUGAACGCCAGUGAGAAGAGGACUUAAUAAUAGUGUUUAGAGUUUAAUUUCUGCUUCUCUCAUCAAGAGCAUCUCGGCAGCCGUAGCAAGCAGCAGCAACAGCAGCAGCUACAACAACUCGCGGAUGCUGGAAUAACCGCGACCGACCGUCCAAGGUAUCCAAUUUUGGUGGGUCUCUGCGAAGAAAAAUUGAACACCGCGCGCGCCAAUCUGCGGACCAACGGCGCUCGGGCGGACAGACGGACGGAGUCGAUUAUCCGGCCCCGGGUAGAAUUACAUAGUGUUAAUCCCCUUUCGAACGGAUUUUGGCGUGUUUUACGUGCCCGCGAUCCGGCAGAAGAGUGCCCUUUGUUUUACGCCCUCUGCUGCUUCGGAACCAGUGUUGUUUGUGCGUUUUUGACCAUCGUGUGAACAGAUUCUGACCCACUGUCUGCCGCUGCAAAGUGUGUAUCGGGAAAAUGUGCUGCGUGGAAGAAGCAUCCAUCCGUCGUAAUUAAUGAGAUUAAAUGAGCAAUCGUGUGCGGAUUAAAGUGAUUGUUAAAGCCGUUUUGAGUCUUGGGCUGAGUGCGUCGGGUGAUGAACAACGAUUGACCUGAUUGCGAGAACGUUACGCACGGCAGCCGAAGAAAGUGUGUUGAUCCAGGGGUUCCAGGGAUAACCGGGAAUUGGAAGCAAAUCGCGGCCGGAAGCGCAGAACAUUUCCUCUCUCGGAGCAGAGGGGAGUUCCGUGUGAGCCCUCAAGAUGAUGGCCUCACCGAGUUUCAUGACCCAGUAUCAUAACCAUCAUCAGUGGAACAAUAGCAGCCAUCAGACACAGCUGUCACCGCUCAACAUCCUUCCGUAUCAGUAUCCCCCGCAGCCACCCUCCGUCAGCAGUCUCGGCUCGGUGGCAUCGCUCGGUUCGGCGGGACUUUCUCCGACGCAAUCGAUCGCCUCCUCGAACGGUUCCGGUGUGGGCGGAGGCGGAGGAGGAACCGGUGCCGGUGCCAGCACCGCCAGUAGCAGCUUCAGUACGACCGGUGGAGGCGGUUCGAACGCCGCCAGUCCAGACACGGUGACCAGUGCCGCAGCAGCCGCCGCUGCCGUUGCCGCCACUUCCGCGUACGGUUUCGGCGCGAUGGUCCAGCAGAGCCCUGCGACGGCGGCAGCGUUGGAAAUGACCGCAAGGUCGCAACAGAUGCACUAUCCAUCGUAUCAAUACCCGGCGGCCAGUUACUACAAUAACAUGGCCGGCAAUCCUUGGUUCGCACAAGAGUCGAUGUACCAGGGAUGGCACGGCGAAGCGUACGGGUUGAAACUGGAAGAUUAUUCACACCAAACACAGGCACAGCGCCGCUGUGCUCGUUGUACCUGCCCUAAUUGUAUCAACGAACUGUCGGGUCUGCCACCGGUGGUCGGUCCGGACGAGAAGGGGAAACGGCAGCACAUCUGUCACAUACCGGGGUGCGAGAAGAUCUAUGGCAAGACGAGUCACCUGAAGGCGCAUCUUCGGUGGCAUACCGGAGAGCGGCCAUUUUUGUGUAAAUGGUUGUUCUGCGGCAAGCGGUUCACGCGGUCGGAUGAGCUGCAGAGGCAUUUCCGUACGCAUACGGGGGAAAAGCGAUUCACGUGCAGUAUUUGUAGUAAGAAGUUUAUGAGGAGUGAUCAUUUGGCGAAGCACGUGAAGACGCAUGAGAACAAAGCGAAGAAGAUUGCGAAGAAAAGUGAAAAAGCGGAAGAGGCGAAAAUGAAAAAAGAAGAUACGAAGCUAGGAAAAGUGGAGUGCAGUGGGAAGCGUUUAGAAAUUAGUGACAAAGGCGGACAAUUGACGGUACCGAAGGUGAAGAAACUGAAGGGUAGUGAACAUCAGGAAGACAUUAAUGCAAACAUUAGAAUGCCACAGAUUAAGCAGGAGAAAGGGUACGAAAGUGUGAGCAAGACGAUAUUCUCGGGGAUGGGAGACUAUGGUCAGAGCGGGGGCUAUCAGUCCACGGCCAUGAAUUACCACCACCCGUCGUACUUCCAGAGUGCAUUUUUGCAGGAAGCGAGUAAUCCGAGCAAAAACUUGUUCCAUAAUCCGUACUGCGAUAGUGGCUUCCAGAGCCGAUCGAAUUUGUUCUCUACCUCGUUAAAUAGUAGCAGCGGGUGCGACUCGCUUGAUCGACGAAACAACAACAACGCUAGUAGUGAGGUUAGCAAUAGUCUAGUGAAACUGGAAGAGUACACCAACAGCCACAGUCUACUGAACAACGACAACGGUGCCAGCGGCCACCAGCAGCGAAGUAGCUCCAACAACAACCUACUACCUCAUUCGCAAGCUCAAGUGUACCACAUCCCAUCAGAGAUCGCGUCCAAUUAUGCCGCCUAUUCGAACGUGAAGUUAGGAUCGGCUGCCUACCAUCCCAGUCACCAUCACCAUCAUCCCCACCACCCCCAUCAGCAUGCCAGCGGCAAUAGCGGUAGCAGUAGUAGUGCGUACGGUGACGUUAAUCCAGCGUCGCACGGUGGUUCAUCCGUCAACGAAUCAAACAACAAUAACAAUAACGGUACCUCCUCCGUGACGGCAUCAACGGCGGCUUCGUCAGCCGCGGCCGCCACGUACAACAUGAUGAUGAACAAUUACACAAUCCAUCAUCAUCACCAUCACCAUCUCAGUCAGCAGCACCAGCAACAGCAGCAGCAGCAACACCAACAGGAGAUCGAACUGUUCAAGUAACUGCGUAACUGUGAGUGUUAGGCAUGGCGGCCGGGACGGCGGCGGCGGCUUCUAUUGUUUUGCGCGCGCAAUUUAGAUACGAAGCGCCCUUUGUUGCCGUCCGUCGAAGCAACCUGUCAAAAAUGUGAGAUUUUUUGUGACGUUCCUUUUGUCCGUGGAUCCAAGUAGGCUCGAACUGAACCGCACGGCAUGCUUUGUUUUAAAUACACACA